AUGUCAACGAACGGCCCUCGUCCCGCAAAGCGUGCCCGUCAGGCUUGCGAUCCAUGUCGGCGGAAAAAGUCGCGAUGCCCCGGCGAAAAGCCUGUUUGCUCAUAUUGUGAACGACUAAAGCAGCAAUGUGUCUAUUCACAGAGUGAACUUGCAGAGCCAGAAUCUGCCGCUGAAAUGGCUAAGCGUCUGGAGAGUGUCGAAGACAAACUGGAGGAGUUGAUAAGUAGUCUAGGACCAAGACAAGAGUUGAGUCCAGUUACAAUGGACUUCAAUUUGAUGUCACAUGCCACAGAUACUUCAAGUAUUGAGGAACAAAAUUCUCUCAUGAGAGCGGCGCGGCUGUACCUGGCUUGCUGCAACUACCAACCCCUUCCGCUAUUCAGUUCUGGCGACUUUCUUGACAACUUCAUGUCGAGAGAUACAAGUCUUAUUUGUGUGAUUCAGGCUAUUGCUCUUCGCUUUGAUGCUGUGCCCGAAAGCAGUGAUUCGCACUUACAGAAGUUGGUGGGAAGAGCACGGUCUUUGGUUAUGAAUCAAAUCACCAACGGAGUCUUAGAAGUCUCUUCCCUACAGACACUUUGUCUAUUGGCUCUGUUUGAGUUCUCAUCUGGCAAUACUACCCAGGCCGGACUGACUAUCAGCAUGGCAUCAUACCUAGCUCAGAGCAUCAGCACUCGUGGCCAGGUUCUAAACGACAUACAAGAAGAGCCAGAUGAAAGACUUCGCUGCUUAUGGAGCAUCUACUUUCUCAAAAAUCUUCAAGGCGAUGGCAUUCAGACAACUAUGCUGAUGGCCGGGAACCGCACACCUUUUGACACGGGUUCGGGGAUCUCUCAUACAUAUAACUCCCCGGCCAUUCCCCAAUACCCCAGCUCAAGCCCCAGAGAAGACGUGGGGCUGGUAUAUUAUAGCAUUCAAAUCAGUGAAUUAUGGGGCGCUGCUAUGAACUAUGCAGCUACUCGUGUGGACCACACUUCGCCCGCACCCUGGUUCCCCCACUCCGACUACUCAAUCAUUACAUACCGACACACGGAGUUUGAUGCCCGGGUCCCUCUAAGGCACCGAUAUCACGCCAACAGGUUCCAAAAUCAUACCCUGGAGGAGCUUGACCAACGCCGUGACUUUUGGGUAGCCUGGCUCUUCCUCCAAUUCGUUUAUCUGACAAUCCCCUGUCUACUCAAUCACCCAUUUUUACUAUCCAUGAGAUUGCGGAACUUCAAGCAUAUAAUGCCCCAGUCUUUUCUCCGUCAGUCCUUUGAGAACAUCAAAUUUUGCACUGGGUGGGUUCUUCAUUUGAUUGACUUGAUAGAGCACAAAGGUUUUGAGGUCUACGAUCCGAUAAUUGGGCACUGCGUUGUGAUUGUCGCAACAAUUCAUCUUCAACAUAGUUUUGUCGAAGAGCAGGAACUCAGGCACAAGGCAACAAGUGGAUAUAGUAAAUGUGUACGCUUUCUGCAACCACUGAGUGAACGUUGGCCUCAUGUCAAAUACAUGACGCAGAAACUACAAAGUCUGCGAGAAAGUAUCGCCACAAAUCCAGGUCGUCAGACAUGGUCUAUCAAUUCUCGUCUCCUAUGGGAGGUGCUUGUUUACGACCAUGCAAGCAGAUCCCCCGCUUCAGAUAACAUUUCCCGGAAUUCAUUCUCCGAUCAUAACGUUAGACAGCAAUAUUCAGGGAUGACCAGUUCAGAUAUUGACUUCCAACUCCUCGGGUCAGCUGGUAUAUCUGGCCACAAAACUGUCGUCAAGGAGGUUGCCGACGGGCCACCCGAAUCGGUUUCCACUCCUCCAACUGAAUUCACUCCUGAGAGGGGUACUCAUACCGCCUUGUUCAUGAAGCCUUCUGGUAUGAUGGGAGACAUGAUGGGAGAAAUCAUCAACGAAAACUUAUUUGUAGAGCCGGAGAACUAUGGGAGAGCAAUUGAGGAUUGGUGGAACAUGCCAUCUUUAUGA